AUGAAAGUCAUCGAGGAUGCGACCGCGACGAAGGCAGCAACAAAUGUCCCCGGGCAGAAUAGGCCCCCAAAACCGGUCUCGCCCAUGGGCAAAAGGCAGACCAAGUUCUCAAGGCGCAUCCUGGUCGCCACUCGCACAUUAUCGCCAAUCACACGAGGGCUGCAGAACCCCAACCAACCCGCCGCGUUGGGCCUCGGCCUCCACGGAUCUCCCGAUAUUCAAAUGACACCAUCUACAGAAUGGCAUGCCUCCCGCCAGCUCCCCCGGAAACCGAUCCCCCAAACCCCGACUACGCCGGCGCCGAUCGGCAGCCCGCCCGGGCCAUACGGCCGCAGCCCACCGACACCCACCGCGAAAUCCCCUCAACCGUCUUUCUCAGAACGUGCAGCCGCCGGCGUCGCUGCCUACUUUCCGACGACACAGACCUUUAGCAACCAUGGCCAGCACCAACCCCGGCCGCGGCCGUCGCCGCUGCAGCUAGACUCUUAUGAAUACUCCAACUACACGCCCUCCCAGUCGGAGUUCAGCACGCCGUACACGGGCGGGUUUGGGCCGAAAAAGCAGGUUCGCAUCGACUCGCACUCGGCCCUUCUGUCCUCGCCUCCGUACCAGCCCCCGCCGGGUCGGCCAGAGUCAUACACGUAUCAUCCACCGGGCCACAUUGCAGUCUAUCAGAAAUGGUGGCAUCCGUCAUGGAACAUGUACUUCUUUCUGUUCGCCGGUAUCGCUUUUGCCAUGGGCCACCACUUCUUCUACAAACAUCUUGAUGGGUCUGAAGCCAACAAUCAGCUCCGUAUGCUUCGCUAUGGCGCUGCUCUGUCAUUCCUCAGUAAAGCAAGUCUCGCAUCGGCUGUAAUUCUCGCUUUUCGCCAGCGGGUGUGGAUGACGGUACGACGCAAGAUGCUUACUCUGGCGGCAGUCGAUUCCCUCUUCGCCGCAGCGGAGGAUAUGUCUGCCAUCUUCAACUUUGAGGUAUUCAAGCAAGCCAGGGUCGCAAUGAUUCUUGCUCUUUAUGUGUGGUGCACUCCUUUGGUGGUCAUCCUCACCUCCGAUACCUUGGGCGUACGACCCAGGACAACGACAGAAAACGCAAUGUGCCCGAACGUGCGCACCCUCAAUUUCACUCAAGAGGAGCACGUUGACUGGCGCGCCGGGAAGAAAAUUGAUGGGCUAUAUGUGCUUUCCGUCUCACUCUGGAAUACCACCAGCGCAAACCAGACAGACCCAAAUUUCUUCGACUAUUGGGCUGGCCCGAGCGAUCAGUAUGACGAGGUGGCAACCUCUGCUGCUUUCCAAAGGAAGGCUAUCGGACGCGUCGAAGCCAGUAAUGAAAUAUGUGGCAUGGGAUUCAACUGCUCUUUUUCAAUCAACUUCAGAGGACCAGGCUACAAGUGCACAGAGCUCGCCAGUGGCGUCGGUUCCGAGGUGAAAGACCUCAGAGGCGCCAAAUGGCCGAGCGAGUAUUUUGAUUUUAACAAGCUCGCUCCGACAGGAAACUACACCUACUACGCACACGCUUCUGAAGGGGAAUAUUUAAACCCGCAGUUGAACGAAACAUGGGGAGGGGGCGUUCCCAAGAUGGAGCCCCCCUUUCCACCUCACCUCGGCGUCCUACGCACAGAACCCAUACUCUGGUUUGGGUACGCUCAUGUUGAUAACACCACUGCUACACAGCCGAAUAACACCGCCGAUCCAGAAUGGAAAUCGGCCUACACACCAAAGGCUUUUGGUUGUGAGCAUUAUGAGACGGAAUACGAGGUUUUCUUUAAUUACUCCAACCAGAUCCAAAACACAACUGUCAAGAGACGCGAGUUCCUAUAUCCAGUCAUCGACACUGUGGUAGAUCGUGGCGUUGAUGCAAACGAUGGCACGUUGGACAAUACCACGGCGAGCCCAGAGCGAAACUACAUCCUUCCUACCGACCUCCAGCGAUACCGAAGGGCUAUGGCGUAUCACUCCAUGGGCAAGAGAUUUCGCGACUUUAUCAACGGCACAAUCUAUCAGCCAGGCGCCAUCGCGAAUACAAAGGCACUCCAGACAAAACUUAUCGAUCAUCACAACUACUUGGGAGUAAGCAAUCUGAUGGAAGAGGUUCAGUCAUUCUAUGAGGACAUCAUCAUCUCCAUGUUCAGUAAUCCUCGCUUCAUCACAGUUGUAUGGGCCAGCGACACGGCCACACAGACCGGACCUGUUACCGACGCAUCCAAAAAGUACGAAUGCGUCCGACAACGCACCGACAUCCGGUACGACUACCACCAAGGCCAGCUCUGGGCCGUCUACUCCGUCGCCAUCUUCCUGGCCAUCAUAGGCGUCGCGUUCGGCGUAGCGGCGGUCUGGGAAGAGGGCCUGGUCCGCAACACCCGGUUCAGCAGCAUCGUCGCAGCAACCCGCGGCCCCGGCCUCGAGAAGCUGCCCUGGGGGAACACGGUGCCCGGCAGCGACCACCGGCCCGUCGCCGGGGCGAGGGUGGGAUACGGCCUUGUGCCGACGGAUCCGCAUGCAGGCGGCUCGACGUACGGCUUUGGGCUCGAGGGUGAUGUGAAACAACGCAGCCGGGAGGAGCAGCCAUCGAGGACGCCGACGGGGUUGGGGAGUCCCUUUAAUCGAGCGAGCAGGAGAUGGUCAAAACUGACCUCAAAUUCGCCGCCGCCGCCCAACACGUCAGAUGGCAGGUAG